GGUGACCAUCAGCUCUUUAUCUCUGCGGUGAUCAUACCAGCACACAGGACCUGUUCCAGUGCAAGGCCAGUCUGAGCAGAGCAGUGCUCCUGCUGUGGGCUGCAGGGAGCACUUCAGCCAGUCCCAGAAUUUCCUGAGCUGCCAACGGAUACAAUUCAGAGCUCAACUCUGACACCAGGAGUCUCUUUUCCUCCAGGAGCUGUGCCUUCUACUGCUCCAGCCAUGAGUCAGUCCUCCUCUUCCUCUUCCACACCCUCUCCUGCAGAGGGUGGUGAUUUGGUCUCCAGCCUUGACAAGCUUUUUAAGGACUUCAAACUGGAAAGUGAAAUGGUCUCUCAGGAAGCCAUCACAUUGAUUCAGUCACACCUGGAGAAGGGGGACCUUCAGAAAGCAGUUUCUGCAAUUAGUGAUGCACUGAGAGACAUUGACAAUGCCCCUCUGAACAUUGCUGUGAUCGGGGAGUCUGGGGCAGGGACAUCCAGCUUCAUCAGUGCCCUGCUGGGAAUCGGGCAAGAUGAUGAAAACGCUGCCCACACUGGGUCAUUGGAGAUAAACUUAGAGAGAACCAAAUACGAAUACAAAAAAUUUCCCAAUGUGAUGUUAUGGGACCUGCCUAGCCUGGGAACCACUCAACUUCCACUACAUGAGUAUCUGCAGAAAAUGAAAUUUGGGGAAUAUGAUUUCUUUAUUGUCAUCUCUGCUACAUGCUUCAAAGAGAAUGAUUUGCAUCUGACUAUGGCAAUUAGGAAAAUGAAGAAGCAUUUCUAUUUUGUCCGAACUAAAGUGGACCUUGAUUUAAAGAAUCUAAGAAAGUUGAAACCUAGCACAUUCAAUAAGGAUGAAGUCCUGCAAAGGAUCCGCAAUUACUAUGUGACUCAGUUGGAGAAAGCCAAUAUGGGUGACACUAACAUCUUCUUAGUCUCCAGCCUUGAAUUGUCUGACUUUGAUUUCCAACGCCUAGAGACCAUGCUUCUGAGGGAGCUCCCAAUCCACAAGCACCAAAAGCACCACAUCUUCAUGCAAUAUCUGUCAACUGUUGCUGAGGUUGCCAUUGAUGAGAGGAGGGAUUCCCUGAGAAAGAAGGUCUUCUUGGAGGCCCUGAAGGCUGGAACUUCGGCCUCCAGCCUUUUCAUGGGUUCAUUCAGUGAUAAUGAUAUGGAGAAACUGGAGGAGAGUUUAUCCUUCUACAGGUCUCAUUUUAGUCUGGAUGAUGCAUCCCUGGAAACCAUAGCCAAGGACUUUAACGUGUCUGUACAGAAACUCAAGGCAAACCUCAUGUCUCCCCAUUUGCUAUCAGUUGAGAAGGAUGAUGAGUCAUUAGAUGAAAAACUGUUGAGAUAUGUGGAAAAAUUCUGCCCUGUUAGUGCCUCUCCUUUUUACAUUGAGAUGAUUUUCUGUUUGCAAAAUUAUUUCCUUGAGUGUGUGGCAAUGGAUGCUAAAGUUCUUCUUAGAGAAGACAAUUUUAAGGAUGUUGUGGGCUCUGGACCAAAUUCCCUACUUCAGCAUGUCAGGAAUGAUAAUGGGAAAAGUGAGACACCCAGCUCCUGAUUCUUCUCAGUGUUGUCAUGGUGCCUGGUGCCUGGAACGUUGACUUCGGGCUCCCUUGAUGCAGUUCUGUCCCACUGCCCUCAAGGUGUAUCACGGACAUUUCCAUAAUACACUCUUGAACAAACUACCCCCUUAGGGACUAUUAUUUGAUAGUAAGAGCAAUCAGCUCUAAAGAAUCCUUCCUUCAGAUGAUCUUAGUCCUUGUGUGAUGGUUACUUCAUAGCCAGCACUGGUUUCUCUAUGGACAUCUAGUAAAAAAUGGCUGUGCACACAGUAGGUCCUCAAAAACGAUUUUUUAAAUGAAUGCAUACAUAGUGCAAUUUUGGUGUUCCUGACAUUUUGUGAGGAAUGCAUACAUUCUGAUCAUUAAUAGAUUCUCAAUUAAGGUGACUGAUACCCUCCUUGACCUCUCUAGACUUAAUCAUUUUAAGAACAUAACAGAUGGUGAGCUGAACAUGUGUCACCGGAAAUGAAAGAGAAACAUCAACUAACGAAAACCGUUAUCUGGGGUAACUUGUGAGAGGGACAAGUGCAUAAGACGGGGACAUAGUCCAAGGAUUGUGAAUUGCAACCAACACCCCUUGGUUUCUCUCAGCGUAUUUUGUGUCUGAACUUCAGAGGUUAAGGAAUAAGAGACAAGAGGAUUGUGGCAAAUCUAAGUGGAAAUUUUUAAAAAUUACAAAAGUUUUUCUUAAUCAUUCUGAUCCCUCAUCUAAUAAGAGGAAUGCAAAUUAGAAAUGUCAUAUCACUAACAUAUCAUUUAUCAUGUCAUUACAUUGGAGGAGAUUGCAUAGUUUGACAUUCCGUGUCAUAUUCCAUGGGUGAAACGGUUGAGAAAUAAUUAUUGUCAUGCAAUAUUGGUGUUUGAACGAAAUGAUCUGCCUGUAAUGUGGUGAAUUAGGCCAUCUCCAUAAAAGUUACACACUCAUUUACACUUUGCCCCAGUGAUCUCACAUUGAAGAACCUGGGCCAUAGAAAUUGAGGGUAGAUUAAUGGCUGGCAGGGGGUUGCAAAGUGGGGAAAUAUGUAAUGCUGCUGAAAGAGCACCUCUUUCAGUUAUAAGGUGAAUGUGUGGCAUGGUGACUAUACUUAGUAACACUGUGCAAUAAUACAACAUAAUACUUGAAAUUUGUUAGAGAGUAGUUCCUCCACCUGCUCUCCACACACACACAAAGGAUAAAUAUGUGAGGUAUGGAUGUACUAAUUAAUUUGGCACAUAUGUGAGUUGAUGGAUGUGUUAAUUAAUUUCAUUGCAGUAAUCAUAUAUCAAAUCAUCACCUUGUACAUUUAAAAUAAAUAUGAUUUUGUCAGCUUUACCUAAAUAAACCUGGGGGGGAGAACAAAACAGAUGGAAAAAAAUGCAAAAUAUGUCUGCUUAAAACUAUUAAUCACAUGUCAUGAAAAGAAGGGCCAUCUGUACCCCAAUGUUUAUAGCAGCAAUGGCCACGGUCGCCAAACUAUGGAAAG